AUCUUCUUGAAACUAUUUUUGUAUGCAUCUUACUAUACAAGUGAAAUGAAUGGUGGUUGAGCCACGAAUCUGCACUAAAAAAGCAUAAGUGAUAAGUGACACUUUGGAAUAUACAAUUGAAAUGAACGUUAUCCCAUCUUAUAUUUUCAACCAUCAAUUCAGUCAUCAUCUCUUCUUAUCCUAAUCAAACUUGUGCAUACCACUCAUUUUCUACUUUAUUAAUUCUAUGAUUUUAAAAGCUUCUCAACACAAAUUUGUAUUCUUAUAUAAAAUUUUCAGUAAGUCUAAUAUAAUGUUUUAAUACAGGGAUUUUAGCAUUAGACACAUGCUAUAAUACUUUUAAAAUAGAUAAAAAAAAAUAGUAACAUGAAACAAAUAUAUACAAAAAUAGUAAAUAUGUGGAUAUCAAGGGAUUUGACAUUUUUUUACAUUUUGAUUUUAUCUUGACUUGUUUCUUUGCAUCUAUAGCAAGUAUGUAGAUGUUCAUAGAUCUCAUGCUGAGUUUAAAAAGAUCCUAGAAGAAAACAAUUUCAAUCAUGAUGAUAUUAUGAAGAAAUCUCUAGAGAAGGAUCUUCCUAGCUUAAAUGGAAGCUCAAAGAAGCGACAAAGGUCUAAAUCCAAAGUAAAAGAGGCUUCUCAAAAAAGAUCAUCAAAAAAGGACACAUCAGAUAAACCCCAGAGGAGUUCACAUAGGAAAUCAUCAGAGGGUAGCAAAAUAUGCGCCUUUGACUUGUUGGCAUCCAUAGCUGACAAGUUAUCACAGGAGAGUGAAAGUUCUACUUCAAUCACCAGUCCAGAACAAAAAGACCAGAUUACCCUCUCUAAAGAAUCACCACAUUCCGUAUAACCAUUAUCAACUCCUAGUCAACUAGCAGCAUUGCAUAAACACAACAUUAAUAACAGAAGACAUUGUCAUAAACAGAGCAUUAAUCAAAGAAGGCCGAUCGUACCUGUAAACAACGUGAAAGAAGGAGGAGGCAGAAGCGGCUGUUGGCCGGAGUAGGAGACUUCGUCUGUGUCGUCGACUGAAGACCGGAGGCGGAGGCGGAGGCGUCGUCGGGUGAAGGCGAAGGCUUCGUCGUUCUCGUGAUAAGAAAAAAAAUACACGAAAAGGGAACGUAAUUGCAAUUUUGACUUUUGGGUCAAUUUUGUUUAGUUUGCAAAUUUUGACCUAAUUGAAAAUGUGCUGGGCUACACUGAUGGGCCCCUUCAAUAUGCACAUCCAUAUAAAAAGUACAGUACAAGUGUUUAAAGCUGGGUGAUAAAUGAAGAUUCUCCUAACACACACACAGAAGUAAGUAUUAUUAUUA